AUGCUGUUGAACUGCAUGGUGCUGGCGGCGCUGUACAGACCGCUCACUCCGGCCCUGCUGUUGACGCCGAUGAAGGCGUCGGAGGCGGAGGGUAUCAAGUCGUUGUUGCAGCUGGCUGCGAGUGAGGAGGCGGUGUCGGCGACAGCAAGUGGGGACAGGAUGGGUGUUGACGGUGCGACGCCGCCCAUUGUUUCGCAGCGAGACUUACGCGUACCGCCGGUGCUGAAGGAAGAAGUGGAGGAAGAGGAGGAGGAGGAGAAGUUGCAGGGGAAGAUGGUUUUGCAGAAACGGACGAGCGAACAGCUGCAGCCUGAAACGCUUGAGGCCGGAAAAGACAAACCUCUACAGUCGCAACUGGAGACAAUAGCGGAGGGUCCAGAGGGCGAAAUGGAGCCGGAAGGGAGGGAGAAGGGGGAUGCAAGGAUGAAGGGGAAGGCGAAGCCGCAGCACCACCGGCACUACAGACGACAAAGGACACGGAGGACGCUGCGUCAGCAGCUGCAGCAGCAGUAUGCACAAUGGGUGGAGGGCAUUCGUCGGCUGCGAGGUUCACGAGCCGUAGACUCUGAUAAGGAGGCGGCGGUGGCAGCAGCGGUAGCAGAGACGAAGGCAGUGGUGUCAGGUUCGGACACUGACGUUGACGGUGGUGUGGACAGGGUGGGAGGUGAGAGUGAUGUCUCGAUCGUCUCUACCUGUGGGUCGUCGUGCGAGGAGGAGGUUUCUCACUGGGACUCAGCCUCCACCUCUGAUGUCGAUGGGACUGCCGCAAAGGACAACAAUGGCGAUGACGAGCUGCACCCAUUGAGGAAGACGUCGUGCAAGCAGCCAACUCGUGGUGAGCGCAGAGCGGUAGCCUUGGGGGAUGAGGAGGGAACAGAUUCGCGAAGAGAGACUUCUGUUUUGGAUUGCAUAGUAUCUGCACCCAAUCUUAUCCGACCCAAUAGAUAUUCCACCAGCGAGAGGGCCUUGUCGAGGCGGCAAGAGCAGCGGCGCGAGAGACGCAGUGUACGAGGUGGGAGUAGAGUGUCGAGGCGUCGACCGAGUAGGACGUACACGCGGCCAAUUCCACGACAGUCGGUGGUGCAGUUGGCGAAUGCAUCGGUGCCACGACGUCGAUCGGAGUCGGUGGCGAUGGGCGCAUUGACACGCAGUUACCUGAGUAGCAUCGGUUCCACGAUGUUUGCCUCGACAGCGGAUGGAUUUGGCGGCAUGGGUAGUGGGAUAGGAAGUCGGAGUGGGGAUGCAGAGGAGCUGGUGGACGCUGCGCCUGUGAUCGUUGAAUUGCCGCAUGAGAGCAUCAGUGUGGAGGAUUAUGCACGGCCGCUCUACAGGAAGGACAUCUUCUUUCCAGGGAGUGUGAAGCGGCAAAUCGAGGCGUCGGCGGCGUCGAUAGCCGCGGCGGCGGGAAGCAUGAUGGAGGCAUCGGAGGACCAGAUUGGAUACAGCCAGGCGUCGGUAGAGAUGGCGGAUGGGCCGCGUCGACGGAAGACUACCAUGGGCGCCUCGCAGUUUGGCAGUAACAUACUCUUCGGCGACAAUGUGCCAUUGCCCCCCAUCAACGAGGUAUCAGUGCCAGCGGAGGGGGCACCGUUGGACGCGAAUUGGACAGGCUCCUGUUUGAUGUCGCUGACGAGGAUUCCCCUACCUGAUGUCUUCGAGUCGGAGGCGAAGGGUGUGGGCACAGGUGAUGGAGGAGUUGUGGAGGACGAGGCGAGUUUCUGGGACCGACUGAGGUCAGAGACGGGACUGAAUCUGGCGGAUGCGCCAGCAGACGGCAUUUACAGAGUACCGCGGUCGCAUUCGAUGUGUGGCUGGUGGCUGUGUUGGGAGACACGACGGAAGCGUAGCGCGGAGUUGGCAGCAGAGGAGGAGGACGGGAUGAAGCAGUUGAAGCGUUCGUUGAAGGAGGAUGGAGAUCGUAGCCUCCAGCCCAUGAGGUUUCCACGGCACGCACGCCUCGUGCUCGUGAGGAGAUGCAUGUUCUUGCCCAAAUCCAUGUUCGACGUGCUGAUGACGAUGAUGAAUUUGUCGCUGUUGAAGGCGAAGAGUUUCUUGGUGUUUUGUCUCUCCAGUCUGAUCGCUGUGAUGGGUGAGUGUAGUGGUGGUGGUGGUGGUGGUGGAGGAGGAGGAGGCGUCUACGUGCCUCUCUUCUUCGUCUGUGAUCUGGCAGAUUCUUUCAGCAUUCCAAAGAGUCAAUCGGCCUAUCUGCUCACCGUCUACGGUAAGUGGACGAGUGGAGUGUGA